AUGUCGAAUUGCAGAGGAGAUGGCGCGUGUGGAAAGACUAGUUUGCUGAAUGUCUUCACAAGAGGAUACUUCCCAACCGUUUACGAGCCCACCGUCUUCGAAAAUUACGUCCAUGACAUUUAUGUGGAUGGCGUUCAUAUUGAACUUUCACUUUGGGAUACCGCCGGCCAAGAAGAAUUCGACCGCUUACGCUCCCUCUCCUACGACGAUACCCAUGCGAUAAUGCUCUGCUUCGCUGUCGAUUCCAAAGAUUCCCUUGAAAACGUCGAGUCAAAGUGGGUUGGAGAGAUCGCGGAAAACUGCCAAGGCGUCAAGCUCGUGCUUGUUGCGUUGAAGUGCGAUCUACGUGAACAAGGCGAAGACGAUGACGAGGCCGCAGAAGGAACCGAUGGGGCGCAGCGAGAGAAGAAGCCCAUGAUCACCUACAACCAGGGCUUGGAGGUCGCCCGGAGAAUCGGUGCCCUGAGAUAUCUGGAGUGCUCAGCCAUGAGGAACCGCGGCGUGAACGAGGCUUUCACGGAAGCUUCGAGAGUUGCACUGAGUGUGAAGCCCAACGGCGACAAGGGCAGCACGAAAUGUUGCAUCAUGUAA